CUUCCGGGAAAAUGGCGGCGUGGAGAACGGUUUAUGCGCUUCUCGCUCGUAGAAUCGUUUUGUACGGCGGUAGCGGGGGCCGAAGGUUGCCGAAUGUCGUGCGGCUUGCAGGGACAGCGCUGGCCGGUGCUGGGGCUCUGUAUACCGGAGUUAUGCUGUUAAAGGGGAUUGAGCAUCGGGACACUGCCCUGUUGAGGGUGUGCGCACAGAAUAAAAAUCUUAUUGAUGACACCGUGGAAAAGCGGUCUCUCCGAAAGCAAAGGUUUAUGCAGUUUGCCUCACUGGAGUACGAGGGCGAGCAUUUUAUGACCCCGAGAGAUUUCCUCUUCUCCGUCAUGUUUGAGCAGGUGGAACGUAAAGCUACUUCUAAACGAUUGACUAAAAAGGAUGUGGAGGCCAUGUUAUGUGAAGCAGCUAAGGUCAAACCAGGACCAACAUUUUUCAGAGACCUGGGUGAUAAAGGAUUGAUUUCCUACACAGAAUAUUUGUUCCUGCUGACAAUACUGACAAAACCACAGAUUGGGUUUCACAUUGCAUUUAAAAUGCUGGACUCUGAUGGCAAUGAACAGGUUGAAAAGAGAGAAUUUUCUAAGUUGCAAAAGAUUAUUGGGACCAAAGAUGAGUUCAAGCCAGCCCUUGGAAAUACAGCAUCAUUUCAGGAGCCGGUUUCAGACAGUUCGGAUAUUAAUACUACGCUGCUGGUACAUUUCUUUGGAAGAGCUGGCCGCGAGAAGCUUCAAUAUUCGCAGCUUUACAGGUUUAUGGAGAAUUUACAGACUGAGGUGCAAGAAAUGGAAUUCAUACAGUUCUCGAAGGGAAUGAACUUCAUGAGGAAGGAAGAAUUUGCAGAGUGGCUGCUUUUCUUCACAGAUGAGGAGAACAAUGACAUUUACUGGCAAAAUGUGCGAUCUCGGAUCCCUCCAGGAGAGAAUAUCAGUUUGGAAGAAUUUAAGAGUUUCUACCAGUUCAUGAAUAAUCUGGAAGAUUUCUCGAUCACAAUGAAGAUGUUCAGUGUGGCCAACAAGGCUGUUAAGCUGGCUGAAUUCAAAAGAGCGGUCAAGGUGGCGACAGGCCAGGAAUUAUCAAACAAUGUGCUGGAUACAGUCUUCAAAAUCUUUGAUCUCGAUGGGGACAACUGCUUGAGUCAUGGAGAAUUUCUGGGUGUUCUGAAAAAUAGGCUUCACCGAGGCCUAAAGCAUGUGCCACAACAGCUGGGGUUCCAAGGAUAUUGGAAAUGUGUCAAGCGGGAAACCUUUAAGGGAGCAAACGAAGUUCUUACCCAAACCGGAAAAAGUCCUUUUUAAUUCCUGGGGGCUACUUUUUUGAUUUUUGAGUGUUGAUUCUGGUUUAUUACUUUCCUGGCGUGGGCUUUAUAUGUGUGUUCUGUUUACAUACUAGAAUGUUUACUUGUGUAUCAGAAUGUGUUUUGGCUGUAUACCAGUGUUUUCUGUAGGGCACAUGUAGAAGAAAUUAUACAUUACGGGUGAUUUCACCGUACUGACCUACUGCUGACGAGGAGAACUCUCAGAACACUUUGAUCAAGAGCUGUAAAGCAGGGGUUGACAGAUUUGGUUUGGACCCAGGCAAAAGAGACAGUUUCCCCACCAAUCAUGUUUCAAUUUUUCUAUAUUUAACUUUUCAGUCAUAUCUCCCCUGAAUAUACAUG